AGCUACAGUCUCAGCAUCGUGCACAUUCUCCCUCACUCUAACCAGUAACCACCGCUUCGCAGGGGAAGGAAUCGGUUGCAACUAACCCUGCAGCUGUGUCAUGAACUGCUUCUCCAACCUCUCAUCCUACACUGCCGCCGUCCUCGCUCGCUUCCUAUCCAGCCGCCGUUCCCUCUGCAACUUCCCCAUUAAGCUAACUCUUCCUCCUACUCUCUCUCCCCACUCUCAAUUCGUGCUCGCUAGGUUUCCCUCUCGCUGCUGCUACUCCUCCUCCUCCUCCGCCAAGAAAGGCCGCAAGAAGAAGGUGGUGGAGCCUGAACCUGUGGCGUCUGUUAUGGAGCACGAGGAGAAGGACGCCUUCUUUGUGGUCCGAAAAGGGGACGUUGUUGGAGUAUAUAAUACACUCGUUGAUUGCCAGUCUCAAGUUGGAUCCUCUGUAUGUGAUCCUCCUGUUAGUGUGUACAAGGGAUAUUCUUUGUCGAAGGACACUCAGAAUUAUCUUGUUUCGCGUGGACUCAAGAAUGCCUUGUACACAAUUAGAGCUGCUGAUUUGACAGAGGAUUUGUUUGGCAUGCUUGUUCCUUGCCCUUUCAAAGAUCCUGCUUCUAUUGAAAGGGCCACUUCAAGUAACGAUGUAUCGAAAAAGAGAUCUGUUGAAGUAGAUAACGUGCAAAAGGUAACUGGAAUGGCCUCCAUCUCCGAAGAUCCCUUCAGAAAGCAAGUCAAGUUAGAUCAUAUUGCAGCAGCUGAAGAACCUUACGGAAAUACUUGCCUUCUUGAGUUCGAUGGUGCAUCAAAAGGAAAUCCUGGAAAAGCCGGUGCUGGGGCUAUUUUGCGUUCUACUGAUGGAAGUGUGAUUUGUAGGUUGCGUGAAGGUGUGGGUAUAGCAACAUGCAAUGCUGCUGAAUAUCGUGCAAUGAUAUUAGGAAUGAGAUAUGCUCUUAAAAAGGGAUUUUCUUCUAUCCGUAUCCAGGGCGACUCCAAGCUUGUUUGCAUGCAGAUUGAUGGUUCAUGGAAGGUCAAGAAUGAAAACUUAUCUACAUUGUAUAAGGUGGCAAAAGAACUCAAGGAUCAAUUUUCUCUCUUCCAGAUCAGCCAUGUUUUAAGGAACUUGAACUCUGAAGCUGAUGCGCAAGCAAAUUUGGCAAUCAAUCUCGCUGAUGGCCAAGUACAGGAAGAAUGUGUGUAGAUUAAUUCAAUCAUGCUAGAUUCUCGUUAUGUCUUGCGUUUGUAGCUGACAUAUCUACAAAUUGCAGAGUAGUGCCAGCGGUCUUUAAAUUAGUCCACCUUAUCACUUGAAUCAUUCUGAUUUUGAUGGUAAGUUGGUAACUAUUAGCAUUAACCUUUUCAAUAGAAUAUGUGGGACUGAAAAGUGCUCAUUAACAUUCUUGGGAAUAUGGAAGGACAGAAACUCGAUUCUUCCUGUGUUUCGUACACGAUUCUUGUUCAGUUAUACUUGCAAAUUGCAAUGUACAUUUCUAGCCGUAAUGUGUGUCUUGUAAUUUUAAGUUAUUGCGUGCAUCAAAGAGUAUCCGUUAAUGCAAUCGACGUUCAUCGUUAAA